GGGAGACAUGGUGUCUUUGGUGUUUGUUCGUGCUUUGAGGUCGGGUGUUUCAUGAUGAGUGGAGUGAGGGUUGGGAGUUUCGCACCUGCUUUGGUCCCAUGGGAGAGUGGAGGGGAAGCUGUUAAUUUUUCUCCGAGACUUUCUCUUCGGUGGUUGUCUGUUCGGCGUCGCAUUGUGUCGCUGAAGACUGAUACUUCCGCUUUGGUGAAGACAGACUACUGCAAAGCAAGAAUUUGGGAUGACGCAGCUUGUUUUGCAGGGACGGGUUGCUGUUUGACGAUCCACUGCGAUCCUGAGGUUCCUAAUUACAUCUUUAAGCAGUGUUUGCGCCUGAAGAUUUUAUUUAGGAGUGGAAGAAAAAGUUCGCGAGCUAAGCGUUUUAACUGUUUAAUAGGGGUUUACACUUAUGGUGUUUUUAAUAUAGCUCGUUUUCCAAAUUUGAAGAGUAAGAUAACUGCAGAAUUACCAACACGAGUUUAG